UCCCGAAUGGAGCUGGAAUUUGGGGGCCCUCAAACUCGAAGCUGGUGGUGCUCUGCGUCCGACAACAAUAACCCUCUCACGACUCACGACGGCAACUCGUACCGUGAUCUGCUGCAAUGGCUGGCGUGUCCGACAAAGCCCGCUUCUAUCUGGAGCGCGCAGCGCCAGAGCUGCGCGAGUUUGAGGACAAGGAAAUCUUCUCCAAGGAUGAGAUCCGAUCCCUCGUCAACAAGCGGUCCGAAUACGAACACCUGGUCCUCGGGCCACGCACCAAGCCGACAGACUUCCUGACCUACGUCGAAUGGGAGCAGUCACUGGACCGGCUGCGGGCGAAGCGGUGCCGGCGGCUCAAGGUGCGGUCGUCGAGCUCCAACGCCAGCCAGGCGCGCACGUUUGGCAUCUUUGAGCGCGGCGUCACCAAGCACCCGGGCUGCGUGCCGCUGUGGAGGGCCUACCUCGACUUCGCGGCCCAGAUCAAGGCCACCAAGCGGUGGCGGCGCAUCGUCACGCGCGCCAUCCGGCUGCACCCCACCGACGUCGGGCUGUGGACGUUGGCAGGCCGGCGCGCGGCGCGGAACGGCGACAUGGAGCGCGCGCGCGGCCACUUCCUGCGCGGCUGCCGCUUCUGCACGGCCGGGCCGGCGCUGUGGGUCGAGUACGCGCGGUGCGAGAUGGAGUGGCUGGCGCGAAUCGAGGCCAAGAAGAACGGCGGCGGCCGGAAGGGCGGUGGCGGCCCUGCGGUCAACGUGAUGGAGGCGAUCAAGGCCACCGAGGCGGGCGAGCAGGACGGCGACCACAUCGCCUUUGAUGACGACAGCGACGAAGAGGGUGACGGUGACGACGUGCUGAUGCUGCCAGACCCGGACGCGGAGGAGGAGGGCGCCAUGGUGAAGGCGAAGCCCAAGGUCUUUGACGAGGAGGCCACCAGGAAGCUCGAGCAGAGCCCGGCGCUGAGCGGCGCCAUCCCAAUGGCCAUCUUCGACAUUGCGAAGAAGCAGCGCUUCUUCGGCGCGGCGGCAGCUGAGGAGUUCUUUGACAUGUUUGCGACCUUUGACCGCGUCUCGUCGCAGGGCAAGAUCGUCCAGCACGUCCUCAGCACCAUGGAGGAGCUGUUCCCGGCGAGCCCGUGCACGUGCAGCUGCGAGAUCCGGCAGCCGCUCAUCGGCGUCGACGUGCACACCCCGGCCUUCCCACAGGCCGUGCGUGAGUCUCUGUCGAGGCUCAAGGCCGGCCUCCGCAAGACGACGGACAAGAAGGCCCUGGCGCGCAAGCUGGUGGCGUGGCUCGAGACGACCUUCGCGGUCGCGGAUCUCGACCCCGCCAUCCAGACCGUGCUGGAGCACACUAAGAAGUCGCUGGAGGAGUUGCUCAGUUGAUACCCUCGUUAUUUGCAGAUCUAUGCUAGCUAUAAUACAAUAUAAAAU